GGAGAGGCGGGUAACCAUGUCAACAGGCCGUGCUGAUGGAGGGCUGCUCGGCUAGUCGGUAGCUCGCUAGGCUUCAUUUAUCAGGAGUAACACUGCUGCUCUACUUUACCUUUACGAGCCAGACUUAACUAGAUAUUACUCUACUGGCUUUUUGUUAUUGAACGCCAGUAACCAUACCAACCACAGCUAAGCUAGCUAGCUAGCUAACAAGCUAGCUAGCUAGGGUUACAGCUCAGCAGCUAGCGUUAGCACACAGCUAUACUUCAUAUCAUGUACAUUAUAGACAGAUAGUCCUCAAACUGUCGACUACCAGCUGUAUCCUGAUGCGACCUGAUGGAGGACUACGACACGUUUGUGCAGCGUCGCCUCUCCUCGUGGAGGGGAAGAGAGGAGGACAACAACAACAACAACAACAACAACAACAACAAACCUCCUGCGGCCUCUUCUCUCAUCCGCUGCUACGGACGAGCCAUCCUGCCUCCCCUGCUCUCAGGGGAGCAGAGAGAGGAGAUGCGGCGACACAGAGAUGCAGCGCAGAGAGCUGCUGUCCACAGAAAGAUAAAGGAUGAGUCAAGAAUGGCCUACGUUCAAACUAUCCUGCACAGUGUUCAGCUGAGGAAGACAACAACACUAGAAGAGUUGCUUCAAGAGUCUGAGAUCGACACAAAAUCUUCAUAUUCCCAUAACGCCAUCGGUGGAGUUGUGUCACAGAGCAAUUUAUUCAAAGGAACAAAUGAUAGUCUUUUGCUCUCCCCACCAUCCGGAAGGAAAGAAAAGGAUGGUGUUUAUCUUCCUCCUUUGACAUCAACUACAUAUAGUGCCAUUUUUGCCUCUAAUGUGACACCUCAGCAAAGUUACCAGGAAGGCUGCCUUAUUGACCAACAUUACAGCCAGCAGGGAUCUCAGCCAAUGCACCAGUCAGAAUCCUCUGGUUUUGUGACCUACGAGAACGGUGAGAACACCACCAGUGUCUCUGAGAGGAUUGAUGCAGAGAGACAGAGCCAUGGCUUUGGCUCCUCAGAGGAAGGUGGCUUUUUCCUUCUCAACACCUCAAACACAAUCGCCAAGAUGCCAGAUAUUAUUAACUACCCACCCAUAGAUGGCGAGGAAUUGGAAAGGAGUGGACUGGAGUCAUCCUUUUGUAAUAACUCAAUAGUCGUAGAAGACAUUUGUUGCACCUUGCUCCAGGAAGAUUCAGUCAUAUGUGACCCUGCACCGAUGGAUAAAUCUGAAAGCAGCCAUCUGGACAGCACAGAGGGUGAUGACAACCUUUCCUUUACCACAAUGCCUGACAUUGACAAAGAUCACAAUUUGGACAGAAUUGAGGGCCCCGUCUCUUCACCAGAAAACAGUGGCCUUACAGACAAUCUAGAGUUAUCACAGACAUUAAGCACUCAUCACAGUCCAACAACAGAGUUGCAUAUUCAGCUCGACUCCACAGAAUCAGAGCCAGCGGACAACCACGUAGAUGAGGAAAAGCCAUUUGAGGAGCCUUAUCGUCUGAGCCUCCAGGCCUUGCUUAAGAAAUCUCAGGAGUAUCGGCGGCACCAGCGGAUGUUUAGGAACCAAGCCAAAAACACUAGAAUUCAGGAGAGGACCCAAGAACAGACAAGGGCGGAGGAGCAGAGCCUCUCUGAUAAGGAGAAUGAUGAGCUCCCUUACAAAAGGACCGGGCCCACAGAGGGGAAGAAAACCAAAGAGAGGAGAAUGUCUGUGGAAACGUCCCCAAAGAAAUCAUGGAAAAAUGAGAGGAUCAUUGAGAGUGAGUUUUUCGGGGAUAAGGCUAACUUUAAAUCUGAAAGCACACAUUUAACAGGAAAUGGACAUGCUAAGGAAAUGACUACUGUUGAGGAGGAAACAAUCUUAAAAAAUAAUAAGCUGAACAUUUCACAAGAGAUCAUAACAGAGCCUAAACAAAUAAGCACCUUCCUCCUGCUACAGCCCACAUCAGCAGAGACCUCGCCUGUUCAGAAAUAUCACAGUAUCCCAGCCCCUAGUUUCUGUAGGAGUCCUGUGCACUGCAAGAGCAAAGGAAGUAUCCAAGAUGGAGAAUCUCUCGAUGGGGUUGAGGCCUCGAGGAAAGUUUUUAUCGGGGCUGGUUUGAUUGAAGACCACAAGGUUGGAGAAGUAAACCUUGGAUGUAACAACAGUCCCACCGCAGUUUCUUCCACCGUGAAUCUCAUGGUUGGAGGUGAUGUAACAAGCGUUUCAGUCAAGAAUUCACAGCACAUAGAUCAACUUGAGUCCAACCUGUCCAGUCUAAAAGUACUGAUCUCAGAUCUGGAGUCCACACUGACAGAAAACUUGGAGAAUCACGACCAAACUGAGAGCAACGCUCAAAGUGAGUUAAGUUUUAAAGGCACCAAGGACUCUCCUAAAAGUGAUUGUGACUAUUGUGAGGACAAACUGAGGAAUGAUGAGGUUAGCAAUGAUGCAGAGGAAGACCAAAGGUACGGAAAGUGGCCGAGAAGACAAUCAUUAGACAAUUUCAAGAAAAUGCAGGAAGAUACAGGACCUGAACUGAGCAGUUGUGACACAGACGAUGUAAAAGAAACCGAGGCAGUGAACGUAAGCGAGCUCAGGCUUGUCAAAACCUUAGCUACAGAGAGAGGAAAGGAGAAUGAGACAUGUAAAGGAGGACUUACAAAGAGUAAUGGACAGCAUGGCGGCAGUAGAAAGUCUACAGCUAAGCACAUCCUCUCUGUAACACAGCAGCUGCGAAUUCCUAAUGUAUUCAGAAAUGUUCCAUCCGCAGCCACAGCUUCGCACAACGUCUCGGUGCUUUCGGAUACCAGUAACCGUCCAGUGGAAAGCAGGAGUGAGACAGCUGGAGAAGGUCACAACUCUACCCAGUCGCCAUCUCUCAACCUGUCGUAUGACGUGGACGCACCGUCUGGCCUGUGGCUCCUCGAAGGGUCAGGAUCCGACAUGGGCUCAAAAGGUCAUCUUGUUCAGGAGAAACAUCUGACCCCAGAGAGUGGGAGUGAGGGUCAGGGCGGGUCAUCCAAGGUCAAACGGAGGCUGCUCAUGCACAUGACGGAGGUGACGCGGGACAGGAGUGCCGAUGCCAGCAGAGGAGCAGACUCUGUGGUCAGACCCAACUCCAGCACUCCUAGAGCUGCUGCAGUGCCGUGGUACGAAGGCCAUGGCAGUCAAGAAGACAAGCAGGAACAACUGAAACAGGCCCACGCUGCUCAGGUCCGAGCCCUGCAAGAUGAGCACAGGAGACAACAGGAAGAACUACUGCAGGCAUUGGCAGUGCGUUACCGUCGCCUCCAGAGCGUGUCCUUCCCUUACUCCAUGUCAAGCUCACAUCUUGGGGACACGUUGACCUUUCCUACCCUCUCUCAGCCCUCCAGCCCGCUCUCAGAGCGCCACCGCCCCCUGCUGUCAGCAGCUGUGAAAGGUUUUCUGGCUCGCAGGCUGCUGAAGACUGAGAGAGUGGCGCAGCUGGUGCGCACCGUCAGAGACACACAUCAGUUCCUGCUGGCCCUCCAGCAGCAGAGCCCCGGCAGAGGAGAGCUUUCUAGCAGACAGGAUCUUUUAUUGCAGGAGAGAGUCACUCUGCAGCUGCGCGCUGCCCGUUAUGAGGUCUAUGACAUCUUCUUCAGCCUGUCAGCCGGAGAGAGGAUGCAGCUGAUCAGCCAGGACAGAGAGCUGGCCAGGGAGAGAGAGCUCAGACGACAGAGUGGACAUCCCAGAGGAAAGAGCUCUCUGUCAACUGCAACACAAAAAUCACUGGAGAGAAAGAGAGGAUUGAUGAUCCAGAAAAAGGCAGCAGAAAGGCACACGGGAAUUGUGACAAGGACUGGACACCACACUGGACUCUCUGCAAAGCAGCCGCCUGAAACGAAACGAGGACAGUUCAGAGCAAAUCCUCAGAGGGUCCCCAAGAGCACUUACUCCUCCAGACCCCGAUGACGCUCCCCUAAUUGGCCCCAGUGAGGACUCCUAAUAAGGCCUCUUGCGAUUAAUUAAAUAUUUUAUAACUCAUCUUUUGAGAGUUUUCGAAUCAAAUUUGACACAAAGUGAAGCCAGUUGCUGACGAAUGUAUAUCUUGUAUUUCUUAUCUGGUGUGCUUUGACCUUUUUUACACUUUACAACCAGGGUGUAACAUAGUGAUGGCAGUUCUAUUCUUCUACAACAGGGUGGUUUCACAUUGAAUGGAUGCUCAGGUCGGGAUAAAACAUCACUUCAGCUGCUCUGUCAGUAACAGGUCAAAUCUGCUUCCUGUAGUUUUCACCAGUUUAAUAAUGUUCAGAUGUUAGUGGGACAAAUGUUGAGUUGGGAAAAAGUUAUUUGUUUGCCCUUUGGCUUUCUGUACACAACUAAUAGACAUGCAUUUUUAAGUGGUGACAGCCAUGAUUGAAGUUACUAAUUACACCUCAAAUGUCCUGUUAGAAGGGUGUUAAUCAGGUUAUUUGUUCAGCUGACAGUGUUUUUCCAGUUGUCUAAUGUUAAAUCUCUACUUUGAGGAUGGACUUCAACAUUGAAUUAGUGUGUUGCCUCAAAUUGAUGUGCCUAGUUCAUUGCCACCAAAAACAAACCAUUUCCAGAUGUAUUGGCACAUGAUGAACUCUGUAAAUAUGACAUUUACAUUUUUUUUGUAGGACAGUGUGCUCAUUUUUACAGAAAUGUUAAUAUGCAGCUUCAGAUCUUAGUGUUACUGCGAGUGUGCUACCUUAAAUAAUUAUCCUAGUGUCUUUGUAUCACAUGUAAACACAUGUAAAACGUAGCAUUUUUUUUUUUUAUUCUUACAGACUUUGGACCUGUUUUUAUAUGUUAUUUAUUUGUAUUUUGUUGGUAAUAAAUGUUU